UCAAAAUUUGUGUCAUCCUUUUAGUUGCCUAAUGCUUCAUUUUGAAUUUACUUUUCGUAAAACUUGACGCGACAUUCGUGAAAUGCGGCCAAAUUCGUAAACCUUGCGAGAAAUUCGGGAGGAUUGGUAGGUAUGUGUUUGUGCACUGUGCUUAGGAAUGUUUGGUAGCGUUCGGGUAAAUAUGUCCGCUUUACGUUGACAGCGUACGUCUUUCCCAGGAUAGAAAAAGGAGAGGCCGAAGCCCAUGAACGCGCUCAGUUGGAUCACAAAUGACGUUUACAUUUUGCCUGUUAUCGUGAGAACAAAAUCGGGGCGCUCCAAGAAACGGCCGACGCGGCGCGUUUGCAAUCCGGGGGGGGGUGCGUCUUGAGUUUCACGACUGCCGCGUUUGCCGCGAGAGGCCACCACUGACCCCCGAACCUCCUCCCAUCCAUCCGGCCCCUCAUGCUUCUCGGUGCUCCUAUCGACCCGAUGCUCGUCGCAUUCCUCCGCAUCCCACGUCUCUCCAUCCGUCUCUCUCCCCUCUCUGAAAAGCGCUGUCCUGUAUCCCUUUGUAUUGCGCGCACUGGUGCCCGUGCGAACCACUUAGACGUACAACCGACCCGUAAAACGUUCCGAAGGCUCAAGCCGAGAGUGAAAAAGCAUCACUCCGACUAGGCCCUGCAACGAAGGAGUACACACUCUGGGUUUCGUCUGCUUCUCGUCUGUUUCUCGUCUGCUACAACGCUCCCGGCCUCGUCGCCCUGCUCUCACCGUCGUCUGCGGCAACGUUCCGCGCCGCUCGUCGGGCCAUGAAGAUGGCCAACGAGUGCGGCGCAUCGACGCAGCCGGCGGCAGCGCCGGCCGGUCAGGCGGCUACAACCCUGGCCGGAGGUGGGAAUAGCUCGGCCAAGAACAAUAACAACAACAAGGACGGUGUGCCAGGAGUGGACACUGUGCCGGGGGGGAUGCCGUUCGACACCGCCAAGGCCAAGAUAUACGAGACCAAGCGGCACAAGAAGAUCGUGCGCCUCAUGACGGUCAUGGCGUACGUUCUCUCUGUCUCGCUCGCGGCUAUCGUGCUGUCGAUGUACUACGUGUUUCUGUGGGAUCCCAACAUGCGUUCGGAGCUCCCGCAGUCGUCGGACCGCGAAACGGGCCGCAUCACGGCGUUCGCGCCGCCAUCGUCGUCAUGCUACGAACGAGACGGACUGUUCGCAACUGUCGUCUGCUCCGCAGAAGGCAGCGAGAGUUCAGGUGGCCACCACCACGGCGACGGCGACGGCGACGACGAUCAAAGACGAGCCUGCCGUCGUCGACGCGACGGUGGGCUACGAAGUCGCUGCUGCUGAUGCGUCGCCUUCGGACAUUUCGCUCGGCGAGCUAUCGCUCUCCGAGAACGCGACGGACACCACGUCGUCAUGGAUCGAAGAAGCCGAAGCUGCUUCCACGUCGUUUGUGUCGACUUCUUCCGCGGACGCCGCGGAUGCGGAAGAAAAGUCCACCGCUUCCGUAGAAAGAUGAGAGAACAAGACAACAGCGUCUGCCCCGCGAACUCCAACCACGCGGGUCAUCGUCGCCAGUCUCAUUCGAGCCUGUGAACCAGUGACGUCACAAGAGGCUGGACACACGAGGAACGUUGGAUACUGGCUGAUACGUCAUUCUGCUAAAGCCACGGAGGAAGGAAACAUUAACUAGCAAGGAGCGUCACGUGACAACCUUGAAGCGUAUGACGCCAACAGGCAAUGAAGCCGAGGAACGCAUAGGGGAAAUUAACAGUUGCCCCCCCCCCCCCCCCCCUUUAUUGAGGUGUAUAAUGAAAUGUGUAUUACAGUUAAAUGUGCAGUAACCUUCAUAUUCUUAAGAAAGUUAAACUUCCUAAGAAAGGGUCUCUCUAGAGCUAUGUUUUUGAGCGCGAAGGACUGGAUGGCGGGAGCAGUGGGGGAUUCGCCAGCGUAGCUACAGCACUGAAUUUUAAAUUGCCACGAGGUGUACACGAGUGUUGUCGUGCUCCUUUCCGAGUUCUUUCCUUCCUCCGUGGCAUAUAUAUAGUACACAUACCGUACUAGACCGCUAAAAAGUUAUUCCUCCGUAACAAACAGCACUACACAGCGCGUAGUAUGUAGUAUGCGUGGUACGAAAUGAGAUGAUCUAUCGCCUAAAUAUAUAUAUUUUUUUGGCUCCCUUCCUCCGCGCCUGGUUUAUACACUCCGCCCAGUUUAGACAUUUUGCCUGUAUCCGCACAAUGAACGAGACUGGCCACGAAAAAUGCUUGCCCACAGUUUCAGAGGUUCCGUACUUUUCCCGUCGAUCCCUUUCGCCGAUACCACUUCCAGCUGAUUUAAUCCGGCGGAACUAUAGGUGUGACGAAAUGAGUGACGCGUGCGCCUAGCUGCCGUUGGAGUUAUUUUCACGUUGCGUAGUUCUUUGACGGCAAUGACAGAAUGCCCGUCGCUUCAGCGAGGCAUCGUGCUCGGACGUAAUUCGCCACGCAAAAGUGAAAGCAGUAUUCUGGGAAGUGAGGCUUAUCGAGAAUAUGUGGCACUGCAUCUCUACCCUCGGAAAUAGCGACUACGUGCUAAGAGUAAGCAGUACGAACUUCGCUUUAGCGAGAGCUCUGCGCUUUGCGUGGAAUGACUUUAAAGGAACUAUCGGAUAUUAUCCAAUGCCAAGAGAGAUAGCGAUCGGCGUCGUUCCGCCACGUAGAUCGCGGUAUCAGUGUGUGGCCCAAUUUACUGUAAGCCGCGCGACCUUCGCCUCCCAUCUCUGAGUCAAACCUCGUUAUAACGAAAUCGGGCGUUUGACUUCCUCUUUAUAACAAAGUGACGCUAAUUAUGUGACUUCGCUGUAUUGGGGAGCAAACAACUCGUAAAUAUGAAGUGGCCGUUCAGUUGUGUCUACAUUAUAUUCGUCCGUAUCAUUCGAUGUGGCUGUUUAUUUCGUUAUUACGAUCGAUUACUAACGACACCGUCCGGCUAUCCCGGCCCCUUUAGCUGCGAAGCCGUGUACAGCUUUCAAAAGAAGCAGCUGAAAUUUCGGCACGCCGAGGCAUUCGCUGGUCGCUACACCCGAUUUCGUUAAAGCGAGAUCGCGCGUAUAGCACAUAUACGAAUUAGCGAAAUGAAAGUUGUGGGGAUUCGAGUUUGUACACUUAUAUUCGGCAGAAAUGUGUCCUUUUCCUAUUUCUUAUCUUUCAGUUUUUUUUUAUCCGGGGGCUUCAAACAAACUGCGAGUGACUGGGGGCAGGUUGUAUUUCGAGUGCUUUACUCUAAGGCAACAAAAAUUAAGUGUUUAAGCUUAGAAAGUGACUUAUAUAUGCCGAAUAGUUUCAAGGCACGUAGGCACUACCGAAUAAAGGUGUAACGUGAAAAAAAAAAGAUAUGCAGAAGAAAGCAUAAUACAACAUGUGCCUCAUUCCUGAAAGCAGUUAGAAAAUGCUGCACGUCGCGAACAGAUAUGAAGGGCUACAGAAAAAGAAAAGAUAAAUAAAUAAAUAAACGCACGCAAGGGACGAACUGCACUUUCGGCAGCAGCUUUUUUGCCAACGCUAAUAUUUACCGUAGCUGCCCGCUCUCGCAAACUCGGGCGAAAACCCUUCAACACACGGCUGGAUAUAUUUAGCGCCCACUAGAAGAAAAAAAAAAAAAGAAGAGAACCGAAACAAAAGUCCAGCCAAUUUUAAAGGGUCCACGACUUAGCAUUCGUUUACCAACGCGACUUUACUACGCGAGGAUCUCUCCACUUCGCCUUUAGCACUGGUGGUGAGAAUGUGCAGCCCUAUUUAAGUGUGGCGCGAAGAAUAUGCUCCGUCGAAUUCUCGCCAUGGCCUAGCUCUCUCGAUGUCAGCGACAUUGCACGUCCCGAGACUGGGUUGCGAGAAGGUUUCCGUUGCAAAAAUGGCGUGUCUACUUGGGAGGCGUUAGUAAGCGUAUAUUAUCCUGUAAGGCUUUAGUGAUGCUGUGGGAUUGAGUUUGCAAAAUUUAGCAUUAUUUGCGAGGCUGGUCAAUGGC